AUGGGUGGUGCAUGUGGUUCUGUGCCCACAGUGGUUGGUGAAGGAGUAGAAGAGCCUCUGCCUGAAGAUACAGAAGAACAACUGAGCAAUGGUGAUGGCACUUUGGAACUGAGUGGACGAAAGAUGCCACGUCUGCCAAACUCCAUCUGCACCCUGUCAGACCAUCUCUACAAGCUCUAUCUUAGUGGUACCAUGCUGACCGAGUUACCAGAUGACCUGUAUCAGCUGCACAACUUGCGUACUCUGGCUCUUGAUGGCAACCGACUCCCUGAGCUACCAGAAGCAGUGUGCUCCUUGCCACACCUGGGACGUCUUUAUUUGGGGGCAAACCGCCUGCAAGGUCUUCCACCAUCAUUUGCACGUCUUCAGACUCUGCGAACCCUUUGGAUUGAACGCAACUUUUUUCAUUAUUUUCCACGAGUGUUAUUAAGCAUGCCUGCCUUGCGCUGUUUGCAAAUGGGUGAUAACCGCUUGAAGGGUCUUCCAGCUGAGAUGGCUGAAGCCAUGCCAGGCCUCAGAGGACUUUGGCUUUAUGCAAACCGAUUGGAGCGUGUACCAAAGGUUCUUUUGCGAUUACAAGGACUAGAAAUGUUAGAUCUGGAUCGGAACCGCAUUACAAAUUUUCCAGACAUGAGUGUGAUGAAAGGGUUACAUUUGCUAUCCUAUGACCACAACCCUGUGACUCGACCACCAACUGUAGGUGACACUGUCACAUUGGUGGGAGAGGGUGCCCAGGAACUUAUGGAAGAACGGGAGGAGCGACGGAGACAACAGGAAGAAGAAGAAAUGGAAGAACGUGAAAGAGAACAACAAGCUGCAGAGAACGACACCUGUGAAGGGGCUGUGGAAGAAGGAGAAGGUGAUGAAGGUGAGGAACCAUUUGAAGAGGAAGAAGAGGAACGAAAACAUUUCCAUGAAGACUAUUAUCAUGAAGAAGGGGAUGAAGAGUAUUACCAAGAAGAUGAUGGAUAUUAUCUUGAUGACGAAGGUUAUUACCCCAUUGAGACAGAUAACUAUUACUCCAGACGGGAUUACUAA